ACCCGGGAUCUGGCAUCAUGGCGGGAGCCGAGGCUGGCAACGAGGCGGGAGCCGAGGCCCAGCAGCCUCAGAAGCGCUACUACCGGCAACGCGCCCACUCCAACCCUAUGGCAGACCACACGCUGCGCUACCCUGUGAAGCCAGAGGAGAUGGACUGGUCUGAGCUAUACCCUGAGUUCUUCGCUCCACUCACUCAAAAUCAAAGCCAUGAUGGCCCAAAGAAUAAGAAAGAAAAGCGAUCUGAAGCCCAAGUGGAGUUUGCAGACAUAGGCUGUGGCUAUGGUGGCCUGUUAGUGGCAUUGUCACCACUGUUCCCAGACACCCUGAUUCUGGGUCUUGAGAUUCGGGUGAAGGUCUCAGACUAUGUUCAAGACCGGAUUCGGGCCCUACGUGCAGCUCCUGGAGGUGGCUUCCAGAAUAUCGCCUGUCUCCGUAGUAAUGCCAUGAAGCACCUUCCUAACUUCUUCCGCAAGGGCCAGCUGACAAAGAUGUUCUUCCUCUUCCCUGACCCACAUUUCAAGCGGACAAAGCACAAGUGGCGAAUCAUCAGUCCUACACUGCUGGCAGAAUAUGCCUACGUGCUGAGAGUUGGGGGGCUGCUAUAUACCAUAACUGAUGUGCUGGAGCUACACCAGUGGAUGUGCACCCAUUUCGAAGGGCACCCCCUUUUUGAGCGUGUGCCUCUGGAGGAGCUGAGUGAAGACCCCAUUGUGGGACAUCUAGGCACCUCCACUGAGGAAGGAAAGAAAGUUCUACGCAAUGGAGGAAAGAAUUUCCCAGCCAUCUUUAGAAGAAUACAGGAUCCCACCCUCCAGGCAGUGACCCCCGAUCCUACCCUGCCUGGUCACUGACUACUUACCUUACCUUAGCUGGAUCCCAUCUUCCAGGGACUAGAAAGAUCAAGCCCCCUGGGCCCUCCCAGCUGAGACUGGUGAGGCUGGGAGGACGUGAUCUCUCAUCAAAAAGUUGGGGGUGCUGACUGUGUCACACCUGCCCCUUGCUUCCCUCGACCUCUUGCCUUUCCACUGCCAGCAAAAAGCAAAAGAAGCUGACUGGGAAGGUUAAAGGACCUUGGACCAGAGGGGGCCUUUGGAAGGGGGUGGGGUCUUGUUCUCCCUUAAUACUCCCUUCUCCUUGUUGGGUCUCUCAGCUGAAGUGAGGAAUGCAAUACUCUACCAUCUAAACUGUCUGCUCGGCUCAAAUUACUGUCCACUUGUGUUUACUUUGCAGUCCUGGGGAUAAUGUGUGUGCACGCACGUGCCCGUGAUGCUGUUUCUUAGAAAAGGCUGGGGUGUAUAUCACGUGCCUCCUCCCAUCCUCUCCUGCCUAAGACUUGCCUGGGCAAUCUGCUCCUUUAAUUAUUGCUGUAUGUGGAGUGUCCCUACAAGGUGAGGGAGCGGAGACUCUCUCUUUUUUCCAUGUUGCCCUUUGAUUCCAAAACUUCAGAACUGACAUACUGGCACAGGGCCUGAUAUGGGUGGGAAGGGUAGUGAGGAGUGAGGAGCAGGGAGCUAAACUGGAAGAUUCUGAAACUCAGAGGAGACGGAGUAAACUAGGACUUCAGAGCAUGCACUUAGCCCCUCGUCCAUCCAAUGGCCCAGAGAAAAUCUCCAAACUUCUGUUUUGCAAAAAGUUCCUUCACUUCUGUUCCUCAGGCCCCAAAUCUCAUGGCUGGAAGUUGGGGGCUUGUUGACCUAAUAAACCCCCUUCCCCAAGA